CAUGCACAUUCACGGUUUAACUGCUGCCACGGCGAGGAGAGGAGGCGGUUCAACCGAUGUUUAGCUACACCUCGUAAGGCAAGGGAGUGGGCAGACCCUGUACCGUCGCUGCUCUCGCCUCUACCGUGUACCGUAGGCUACUGUGCUCAUCACGGAUCACGCACUGCUUACGGCCGUGCGUUACGGCCGUGCGGCCCCCCCCCCAGCUCGGUUGGCUAGUGGUAUUGUAGGACCUAUAAUCUCCAGGCAAUCUGGAUCAACCUUUCCAGUUCCGGUAACGAACAGCGGCAGUUUGAGCAGAGAAGCACAGCCCCCUGGUUUCUCUCCGUAGCGUGUCCCUCCUUGCGCUCUGCUCUCUCACAGGCAGACAUGGAUGAUGGUCCGUCUUCGACAAGCUGUUUUCGAAGGAUAACGGACUGUUUUCUGGGCCCAAGUCUGACGGAUGACAAAGUGAAGGCCUACCUCUCCCUUCACCCUCAGAUGCUGGAUGAGUUUGUAUCGGAGAGCGUGAGUUCAGAGACACUGGACAGAUGGCACAAGAGGAAGAGCAGCGGAAGCCUGCCUGCAGAUGACACGUCAUCAGGCAGUAGGUACCAGGACAGUAACAUGCAGAACGUGGUACACGACCUCACCAGUUACCUGGAACAGCGGCUGGACCCCGGAGGAGACAACAAGCUUCUAUUCUAUGACUUGUGCACCAUCAUCAAAGCAGCCACGAAAGCAGACGGAUUUGCACUUUACCACUUGGGAGAAUGCAACAAUAGCUUGUGUUUGUUUAAACCGGCGGGGGCUAAGGACGGUCCUCCCACCUUCAUCCCAGCUGGUCCCAUCACGUUUGGCACCACCAUCGCCGCUCAUGUCGCCACAACACGCAAAAUACUGCUAGUAGAGGACAUCACAGGGGACGAGCGUUUCCCUGAAGGCACAGGUCAGGACUCAGACUCAGGGAUUCAUGUUCACUCUGUCCUGUGCCUCCCCAUCCUCACGGCCAUCGGUGACCUCAUAGCUAUCCUGGAGCUGCAUCGGCACAGAGGCCACGAGCCUUUCAAUAUCAGCAACCAGGAGGUUGCGACGGCGAGUUUAGCAUGGGCAUCUGUAGCUAUUCACCAAGUACAGGUGUGCAGAGGCCUAGCCAAACAGACCGAGCUCAAUGACUUCCUGCUAGAUGUGUCAAAAACGUACUUUGACAACAUUAUGGCAAUAGAUUCUCUACUUGAACACAUAAUGAUAUAUGCAAAAAACCUGGUGAAUGCGGACAGGUGUGCCCUGUUCCAGGUGGACCACAAUAACAAUGAACUGUACUCAGACCUGUUCGACAUCGGGGAGGAGAACGAGGGCAAACCUGUCUUCAGGAAAACCAAAGAGAUUAGGUUUUCUAUAGAGAAAGGUAUAGCGGGCCAAGUGGCACGGACGGGGGAGGUCCUUAACAUCCCAGACGCCUAUGCAGACCCACGCUUUAAUAGAGAGGUAGACCUCUAUACGGGCUACACCACGCGGAACAUCCUAUGCAUGCCCAUCGUUUCCAGGGGGACCGUAAUAGGGGUCGUACAGAUGGUUAACAAGCUGAGUGGAAGUGCCUUCACCAAAACAGACGAGAACAACUUCAAGAUGUUCGCCGUCUUCUGUGCUCUAGCCUUGCACUGUGCCAAUAUGUACCACCGGAUCAGGCACUCUGAGUGUAUCUACAGGGUAACCAUGGAGAAGUUGUCCUACCAUAGUAUCUGUACUUCAGAGGAGUGGAAGACCCUCACGAAGCUGGACCUUCCUACACCCCUAUACAAAGAGAUAGAACUGUUUCAUUUUGACAUUAGUCAGUUUGAGGAGCUGUGGCCAGCUGUCUUUGUUUACAUGGUCCACAACUCAUGUGGAGAGACCAGUUUUGAGCUGGAGAAGUUGUGCAGGUUCACUAUGUCUGUGAGGAAGAAUUAUCGGCGUGUUCCCUACCACAACUGGAAACAUGCGGUGAACGUGGCUCACUGUAUGUACGCCAUACUGCAGAAGACCACCGGCAUCUUCACUGAGAUAGAGAAGAAGGGUCUGCUGAUAGCCUGUCUCUGUCAUGAUCUGGACCAUCGAGGAUACAGUAACACCUACCUGCAGAAGUUUGACCAUCCUCUAGCUGCCCUGUACAGCACGUCUACAAUGGAGCAGCACCACUUCUCCCAGACUGUAUCCAUCCUGCAGCUGGAAGGGCACAAUGUUUUCUCCAACCUGACUUCCAGUGAGUACGAGCAGGUGUUAGAGAUCAUCCGCAAGGCCAUCAUCGCUACAGAUCUGGCGCUCUACUUCGGCAACCGCAAACAGCUAGCUGAGCUACUGACCACGGAGGCACUGGACCUAGACAACCACCAACACAGGGACCGUGUGAUUGGUCUGAUGAUGACAGCAUGUGACCUGUGUUCCGUUACCAAGCUGUGGCCAAUCACACGACUCACGGCUAAUGACAUCUACGCUGAGUUCUGGGCCGAGGGGGAUGAGAUGAAGAAGAUAGGUAUACAGCCCAUCCCUAUGAUGGACAGAGAUAAGAAGGAAGAGGUUCCUCAGGGGCAGGUGGGGUUCUACAAUGCUGUUGCACUCCCAUGUUAUACCACCUUAUCUGAGCUCUUCCCCCCUUCCAGCCCUCUUCUACAAGCCUGCAAGGAGAACCUUGGUCAGUGGGAGAAGAUAGUAAAUGGAGAGGAGGAGGACAGUGGAGUGAGAGGAGUGUGGGCUCCGUCAGAGCCUGUUGACCCCAGGGCAGAGCCUGUUGACCCCAGGGCAGAGCCUGUUGAUCGCAGGGUAGAGCCCAGCACUGAGGAACCAUCGAACCACGACUCAGGCCCUGUGAAGGUGGACAACUGACUGGCAGUGAAGCCGCGGCUCGCCCUCACUACUUCACAAGUCAAUACGCCCUCAACACAUCCCCUGCCAUUAACAGGGACUACUUCCUGUCUGAACUGUUAGAGAGCCUCACUUCAUGCUGAAACAGGAAGGAGGGGGACACAUGCGUAGGGACUAGGGAAGGUGAUUGGUGGAUUUCACAAACAAGGGGAUUCUUUUCAGGACCACACAGUUACCUCAUUGGGUGAGGGAGGUGAGGAGUCAAACCCGACAGUGUUCAUUGCUCCGUAGACACGCGGAUGGACGGCUGGAGGACAGCGGGCUCUUGUUCAUUAGGCACGAAACGGAAGCUAACGGGCUGAAACACGGAGGAACUACCUGGACUUGUCCUUGAGGUGGGGACUCACCUGAUCAACUCCACUGCUCGGGAACCAAUUCAUACCGAUCCAAAUGGAUCCGUAUGUCUGUGGUGUUGGUUUUUUUGGUCUGUUUUAGUUGGUUUGUUUUUAAUAGAUUUAAAUUGUGGCUGGUUUGUUUUAUGUUCCGGUCUUGUGAUUUGCAGAGGCCUUAGUCUUUACACUCUAAUCCUUUAAAAAAGGUCAGGAGGUGUGAAAUCUUGACUGUUUUUUUUUGUCGUUUCAGACUUUAUGAAUGUGUCUGAAAUGGCACCCUAAUCCACUACAUAGUGCACUACUUUUGACCGUAGCAAUAUGGGCCCUGUUCAAAAGUAGUGCACUGUAUUGGUACUGUUUGUUUGCCUGCAGCGGUAGACUGACUAACUUAUCGCAAGCAGAACUACAUGGGAGGAGGUGGUUGGCUCUCAAAGAGAGACGGAAAGAAUGUUUAUUAGCAUGUUGCAACGAAUGUUCUAGAAUGUUUUCUGGCACUUUGAGCAACAAAGUGUUUUUGCAGUACUUGUUUUUGCAGUACUUUUGCAGUACUUGAAUGAAGACAUGUCGAGAAAAAACAAAACAUACAGUCCUAGUCUAUUCUAUUCAGAAACAGCGUCUUGUGUAAAGCACAGACAGACAAAGUUAGUGUGACCAACAGGGCUGAGUUAGAUCAUGUCAACAUUUAACACAAGUCGUGUCACACGAGGGUCACAAUGUUCUAUGCAGAAAUAGCACCCAACACCCAGGCAGACCUGAGUUCAAACAUUUUUUGAAAUAAUUUCAAAUACUUCAUCUGGGCUUGAUUGAGCUUGCCUGGCACAAUAAAACAAUUAGAAGAGUUGCAAGUGUAAAUCCUGCCCAUCUGGUAAUAUAUGCAGACUAAAGCAAUUGCUAAAAGUAUUUGAAAGAUUUCCAAUAGUAUUUAAACCUACCAGGUCUGCAUCUCGCCACCCCGAUACUUGCCACAAUCAGUCUUUUAGGUUCUAUAACCCAGAAUCUUGGGCAAUCAGUCUUUUAGGUUCUAGAACCCAGAGCUUUAGGCAAUCAGUCUUUUAGGUUCUAGAACCCAGAAUCUUGGGCAAUCAGUCUUUUAGGUUCUAGAACCCAGAAUCUUGGGCAAUCAAUCUUUUAGGUUCUAGAACCCAGAACCUUGGGCAAUCAGUCUGUUUUUGAGCUCUAGUUGUAGACUGGUCUCAGAUCUGUUUGUGCGGUCUUACCAACUAGAACAGCUCCUGAGUCAAGUCCAAUGGUACAUUGAUUCUCUGUACUGCGUUCAUAGCACACCAAGGCACAGGACAAACACGCACAUUGCUACAACGUUGAUUUAAAAGGAAUAGAUAUUGAUUGAUAGCCAGAACAUUAUGUCAAGACAGCAGCCAUAAGGAAUACUCUAUAGGGUUGCACAUUUUCCUUAACUUUCCCAAAAUUCCCCCGUUUUCCAGAAAUCUUGGUUGAAAGACUCUUGGAAUAACGAGGGGAUAAGGAGGAAAUCAAGGAAUCCGUCAACCAGGAUUUCUGGGAAAGUUUCUGGGAAAGUUACCACGAUUAAUACAGUAUCGUUUAUCAUUUGAAAACAUUGAUUUUUGUGAGUAAUACUAUAUACCUCAAUUAAUCUAAUAUCGACAGUAAAUUUUCUUUGAUAUUUUUCUUACCAUUUCCAGUUGUAUUCAUAAAACGUUUGAGGUAUAUGUAUGAUAAUCGGCCCGUAGCAUUGUCACUUGCUUGUUCUAUCCAAACGGUCUCCUUGCUCCCUGUGCGCCUCUGCCACAUGUGCUGGAGCCCCUGAAGUGCUGGAGCAUGUCCAUGUCACAUAAACAACAAAAGCCGG